GAAGAACCUCAGCGAAGCGUCACUGGCUCUCUGUGGUGGCUAGCUCGAUGCUAACAGACAACACUCAUGUUGUUCCCUUUCUUAAUGGUUUAUCCUUGUUAUUGACUCGACAUGGGCAAGAGAGACAAUCGAGUGGCUUACAUUAACCCGAUUGCUGCCGCCCGAGCCAGAGGGCCGAUACAGAACUCCGGACCGACCAUACAGGAUUAUCUCAGCAGACCUCGGCCAACAUGGGAGGAACUCAAGGAGCAGUUGGAAAAGAAGAAAAAAGGUUCUCGUUCCCUGGCUGACUUUGAAGACAAAAUGAAUGAAAAAUGGAGGAAAGUUCUUGCAAAAAACAGGGAAAAGUUGCUCGGUGCCGGUGAGAAGGAAAAAGAAAAGGACAAAAAAGUGACAGACAAAGAAAAAGAGGAGAAGAAAGAGAAAAAAGAGAAAAAGAAGAAAGAAAAGAAGAAGUCAAGCAGGGUGAGGAGAGACCUCCAGUGUGUUACUGGUGGUCGGUGCCACUCUGUUAUUCAGAACACAGUACACACACACUCUUUCACUGUAAAUCAUUAUAUUUAUUUGUCUUUGAAACAAGCGAAUAUUCUCAAGUCUCAUGAACCCUGCUUUCAUUGUGUUUUGGUCAAGCAUUCUUCAUCUUCCUCUUCUUCAUCGAGUUCUGAUUCCUCUAGCAGCUCCUCGUCUGAGUCUGAAGAUGAGGAAGAAAAGAAGAGCAUGAAAAAGAAACGGAAGAAAAAGAAGUCGUCUAAUCGGAGAGCAUCGGACCCCUCAGAGGAAGAAUCCGAUGGAGAAAGCAAGAAAAGGAAACGAAUCAAGGAAGAAGGCGACAAAGAAAAGCAGGACGAACGGGGUCGUAGGAAGAAGAGGAAGGCCGACAGAGGUCACAGGGACUCCUCAUCAGAGUCGUCUGCGGACACAGACGGGGAAGAGGUACUGAAAUCUUUUUCGGGACGUGUUGAUUCAGUUGAAAAAGGUUAAAUUUGAUUUCCUCUUUAAGCUAUGUCAGCUUCUCAGUUUUGUCGGGAACUUAGUGACCGUUUUUCUGUAACAGUCUCUAUUUGCAUGUAAAGGAAAUGUCUGUCAGGCUUCAUUAGUGCUGAUACAAGGUGCGUGCGUGUGUGUGCGUACAUUCUCAAUAGUUCUCCAACUGUAAAUUAACGGCCAUUUACAGUCAGUCCAAUUUAGAUAAUGUUCUUCCUUUUCUUAGUUGGCACAAUCAAAAGCAAUACGCUUCAAAUAAAUACAACAUAAUUGCAAUAAGACAUUGAAUCUGCUGACCUUUGUGUAAAACAAUCUCGUACUGACUGAUUAUUGUUUAUAUAUAAAUUGGGAGUUUGGGUAAUUUGCUCAGUAUGGUUAGAUGCUGCGUUUUCUGAGGAUUAACACUUAAACUCAUCUACAAAACACAAUAGGGGGAAAGUGUCAACAAAGCCUAUAAACGGACAAUAGACUCACUUUAGUUGGCUGUGUGCGUGCACGUGCGUCUGUGUAACUCCUUAAAGCUUUUAAAAGUUCACCGUCCAUUCCAUAAAAAUUUAAUCUCAUCCCGCCAGACGUUCUUGUCUGAGAAUGUUAAAUAUCAGUGUCAGGGAAAAGUAUCGAUACGGUAAAUGGAUUUCACUUGUAUAGAUCUUUUCCUCUGACUCAGCAGCUCUUUAUAACGUCAGUCACGUUCACUGCGAUACAAGGUGCCCAACGUCCAUUGGAGCGGUUUGGGGUUCAAUGUCUUGGACAAGGAUACUUCUGCAUAUGAGCAGGGGGGAGAUGAGAUAUCAAACUGCCAACCUUGCGAUUGCUGAAACAACCUGAUUGACCAAUUUGGGCCCACACUUUUAAUAUGAAGGUAAAACUAUUUUAGUGAAAAUUAGAUUCAGGCUGUCAGCACACCAAGUGUGUACUGAAUUCUCAGUGACUUUACAGCCGAACCCAGCAUUUAUGCUUAAGGUGUUGGGAUCAUGUUCCCCGAUUGACCUCGUGUGCUCCAACCUGCCGCCAUUCUCCUCAGAGGAGCAGAAGCGGCUGCAUAUGUACUAGCCUCAAGGAUCUAUAGACAGGAUGAAAAGCUGAAGGAAAAGUGAUCAACUGUCUGCGUCUUAGACAAAGAACCGCUCGGGGAAGCCGCUCUCAAAUGAGUCUUGAUGUUGCAGCUAAGACAUUUGCCCAUUCGGUGCUUCCUUUGGCUCCACCCCAGUGAUUCUUGAUUCCAACAACUUGUUACAUCUGCACAGCCAUCCGGGAGUCAGGAUUUCCCAACGUGAGACAAGAGACGAACAAAAUGAAAGAGAACUUGCAUCACCCCAGUUCUCGGAGUAGCGCGAGUGUCUCACCAGACGACCUUCCUUGCUCAUUCGUAGCGAGAAGAAUAGCGGGAAGUGCAGCGUCAAGCCUUUUUAUCAGUGGAGGGUCUCCACCCUCCCUGACACUGACACGCUUGAUGACAGCCAAUAACGGCCAGCAGAAAGCAGCGGCAGCUCCUGAUGCGGUUACGCUCCCAGUGUGAGACACUCACUCGUGCUCCUCAGAGAACCGGCGUUACGCAAGCAACCUAAAGAUUUCUUCUCCAUGAAUCAGCGGACGCUCCCUGGUUUGUGCAUCUCCACUUCGGAGCCGUUCUUCCUGAGUUCCCGACACAGUCCGUUGGCUCCUUGGUGGAGUGACGGUGUCUUUUCGGUUCCAACCGCCGCACGCGAUUGUGGGAAAAUGUCUACGUUUGCUCCUUGCAAGAGUUUAAAAUCAGUUGAAAUAAGGAUUUGUUUGGAUUGUUGGAGGAACAACACUGUUCUUGCUGUACAGCACAGUUUCUAAUCACUGAACCAAACUUGAUUCAGUUGUCCAGUUCAUGUUCAGAUCAGAAGUCAAGCCUCACAGUUGGAGUGAAAGAUCUUUGUAACAUUAAACCAGUUCAGUUGCAUUAAAGGUUUCAUUUACCUGAAAUUUUAACUUGAGUUCAACUUUUUAUUUUGAGACGUGGAAAUGCAAGUUAGACACUCCGAUUUUCAAGACUUGCCACAAAAUUAACAAAUUGCUGUUGCAGCCACUUGUAGAAACUCCAAUAUUGUGAAAGAGUGAAUUUUAUAGACGGGAGACUAGUUUUACCAUUGACCCUCUGAACACUUUGAUUU